CGAGCCUUCUCUUGAGUGUGGUGAAAUCUGUAGUUAUGAGGUGAAAGUUGAAGAGAAGAGGAAGUACUAUCCGUAUAUCCGGAAAACCGUCAACUGUGGCUCAAUAAUGAAACGCAUGGCACUCAAUCCAGCAACUCCAAAGGUACCACCAAAAAAAAUCCCUGCAGAAUUAUUUGAUGAGUUUACCCAAAAUGGGGAACUUCCUAAUAAAAAUUAUUGGUAUAUUAAUGACAAGAAAAAGAUUUCAAAUAUCAACAGGCAGAAACAUUUUACAAAGGACGCAAUUGAACAACUAAUAAAAAACGACAAGGCUGGGAAAAUAAUUGGGACAUAUGAAGUAGAGGAACCUAAAAAGUCAAUAACCGCAUAUAAAAAUGAAAUAAGUAACAAGCGUGGAGUUGUGAUUGGAUCCCAAUCACCCUGGCUUGAAGCAUUGGCCUUAUCUGCUGGUGCAAAACACAUGACGACACUUGAAUAUAACAAUAAUUCGUUCCUUCAUCCUAACAUAACCAAAAUCCACCCGUAUGAUAUGGCAAAAUUAUACGCAAAUGGUAGUUUUCAAGAGUUCGAUUUUGCAUUAUCGUAUUCAUCAAUUGAACAUUCUGGAUUAGGUCGCUAUGGAGAUCCUCUUAAUCCAUAUGGAGAUCUUGAAGCAGCUGCGCAAGUUUGGUGCAUGCUUAAACCAGGGGGAUUAUUUAUUCUCGGACUUCCAGAAACACAUAAUGAGACAUCGUAUUUGCAGUUCAAUGCUAUGAGGAGGUAUGGCCAUAGUCGACUCAAACAUUUAACUGCAAAUUUUGAGGUCAUUGACCGUUUUAUCGGAUAUACACGAUAUGAUCUUCAGGGCAUUUGGGUCUUAAGAAAAUCACAAUGAACCCAAGUAUUUGAUAAUUUAAGCACAACAUCCCAUGCUUCGUACAUACAGCCUAGUCUAGUGAUUAUGGGAUCAACACAUAUAUCGUUUUUCACGUGUAACUGAUAAAUGAAGUACUAUGAGAGUAUCCCCUCCCUUUAAAACAAGGUUGCGUCGGCAAUUUAGUCCCGCCUCGCCUAGUUAAAGGUAGCUACACUAGCUACAUUAUAUAACAGGAUGAAAACUCCCAGGGUUCAAAGAUGACCGUAACUCCAAUGGAAAUAUAUAAGGGUGACCAUCAUCGCUGAUUAGCCGCAUGACGAAAACAAAAUGGCGAUUCUAUUUUUUUAAAAGAUGUAAUAAUGUAUUAAUUUCUAAGGUGUGGUACCGUAUUGAAUAACUUAAUAGUAGAAAUUCGGACAAUAACGAAAGUGGUAAGGA